CACGGCAUCGACCCAGUGUUUAAGAAGUUCUCUAGCUCAGAGAAAGUGUCAGGCUUAUUACACUCUUUGGGAUACAGAAGGCCCGUGAUCAUACAAUCCAUGUACAUUUUUAAGCAACCUGGAAUUGGUGGUGAAGUGGUACCGCACCAAGACAAUUCAUUUCUAUACACCGAUCCACCAACUUGCACGGGGCUGUGGCUUGCUCUAGAAGAUGCUACAAUUGUAAACGGAUGCAUCUGGGCUAUCCCUGGAUCCCACAAAGAUGGCCUUGUGAGAAGAUUCAUUAGAGAUGAGAAUGGGGUUCAUUUUGAUAAGCCAUCCCCAACCUAUGAUCCAAAGGAUUUUGUUCCUAUUGAAGUCAAAGCUGGCUCCUUGGUAGUCAUUAAUGGGGAUCUUAUUCAUCAAAGUUUUGAGAACAGUUCCUCAAAAUCAAGGCACGCUUACAGUUUGCAUGUGGUGGAUACUGAUGGUUGUAAAUGGACUGAGGAUAAUUGGAUUCGAAGAAAGGUAGAUCCUGAGCCCCUUUACAUGCAUUGAUUCAGAAGUUAUGUUGGCUACUCAGCCUACUCUUAUCCCCUGCGUAUAUCUGUACUGUACAUUAGAAACUUGGUUUUGCAUAAUAAUGUGGAAAGAGUAAGCAUCCAGGGAACAAGUCAAAUAAGAAUGGAAAAACAGUGUUUUCUGUAUUAGAUUCUAUCUAGAUCUCGUUGUAGUAAUUUAGUCGCUAUUGUGAUCAA